AUGAGUGCAAGGCUUUGCAGGAACAGGGCUAAGAAGACCCUCAGAGAUGGUGUCUUUACAUUAAAUGUUUGGAAUGCUUAUGAAAUAAGUCAGAGCUUUGUUUUCUUUUCUCUCUCUGCAGGCCUUGACCUACCAGGGAGAUUUCUCUUUGCAAUCUUGACUCUGAUGACGCUAAUUGCCAAUCUGGUGUUUAUAGAGGAAGCAGUCUACAUCUACAGGAAAUUCCCCUCCUCCAAAAGAUCAAUCAUAAUUUGGAUUAAUGCUGCAGCUCCAGUGAUCGCUACUACUUCAUGCAUUGGCAUGUGGGUUCCUCGUUCAACAAUGUUUACAGAUUUCACAGCAGCAGUAUUUUUUGCCAUAGUUAUCCACAAGUUCCUGCUGAUGAUGAUUAAAGAGUGUGGAGGGCAGAAGCUGCUCCUCAGGCGGUUUGAAAAUGGUCACUUCAGGAUCAGCACUGGUCCCUGCUGUUGCUGCUGCCUUUGCCUCCCUCGUGUGCGCAUCACUAGGCGAACCCUCUUCUGGCUGAAGCUGGGCACCUUUCAGUUUGCUUUUCUUCGACCUGUGCUCAUGUUUUUAUCAAUAGUGCUUUGGACUAAUGGCAAUUACACCCUUUACAGUCUAUCUCCCAAAGGAGCUGCAGUAUGGAUUGGCUGUGUCGUUGGUGUCCUUACCAUUAUUGCUCUGUGGCCAGUUGGAAUCAUGUUUCGACUAGUUAGGACUCUCCUUAUCUCUAAGAAGAUAAUCCCAAAGUUUGCUCUUUAUCAGUUUGUUCUCAUUCUGAACCACUUGCAAGCAGCUAUUAUCAACAUCUUGGCCAUGCAAAGAGUUAUUCCCUGUGCUCCACCACUCUCCUCUUCAGCAAGAGGAGCAUAUAUGACCCAGCAGCUCCUCAUCAUGGAAAUGUUUCUGAUAACCCUAAUCUCGAGGGUGGUCUAUCGGAGAAAAUACGAUGACCUAGAGCCUCCAGAGUGUACGGCUGAAGAAGCUGGGGACAAUAAGCAGACUCCUAAGAUUGUCCUGAAUGGUACAGUUGGUGAAGAUGGAUUGCCAAGGGUUUAG